AUGCGGGACGUCCUCCAAACCGAAGAACUCGUGAUCCCCUCCGACGUUACUGUCACCAUCAAAUCUCGCCUCAUCACCGUCACCGGCCCACGGGGAACCUUGACGAAGAACGUCCGCCAUGUCAACAUGGAUAUCCGACUUAUCAAGGGCAGCAAGGAUCAAGUCUCCCUCGCAGUAUGGCAAGGUGGCCGCAAGCACGUCGCUUGCCUACGGACGAUCAAGUCCCUCAUCAACAACAUGAUCACCGGUGUCACCAAGGGCUUCCUCUACAAAAUGCGUGCCGUAUACGCCCAUUUCCCUAUCAACUGCAUUAUACAAGACGAUGGAAAGACCGUCGAAAUCCGUAAUUUCUUGGGUGAAAAGGCCGUACGACACGUAAGCAUGUUGGACGGUGUUGUCAUUUCCGAGUCAAAAGCGCAAAAGGAUGAGCUCAUUCUCGAGGGCAACGAUAUUGACAACGUCUCUCAAUCAGCCGCAUCCAUCCAGGGUAUCUGCCGCGUACGAAACAAGGAUAUCCGUAAAUUCUUGGACGGUAUUUAUGUGUCGGAGAAGGGGACGAUUGAGGUCGCUGAGUAA